AUGAAUGAUAUUAGACAACGUAAAACCAAGCAGGCUUUAGACGAGCCCGAUCCUCUUUUUAUUUACAACUUUACUGACGAACCUACCAAAUCAAGAAGAAAUCAAGCUAAUGGUUUAAAGGCGUUUUCUUUGGAUUCAGUAAAUCUGAUCGUUCUAGUAAUCGUUGCAAUAAUAGUGAGAUUAUAUAAAAUUAGUCAACCUACCUCAGUAGUUUUUGAUGAAGUACAUUUUGGUGGCUUUGCAUCCAAAUAUGCAAGAGGAAGAUUUUUUAUGGAUGUACAUCCUCCGUUGGCAAAAUUGUUAAUAACAUUUGCUGGUUUGUUGGGAGGGUUUGAUGGCAGUUUUGAUUUUAAGGAGAUUGGAAAAGAUUACCUUGAGUCUGAAGUCCCAUAUGUUGCAAUGAGAUUGAUGCCAGCAAUAUUAGGAAUUUUUCUCAUUCCUAUUUCUUAUUUGACCAUGAAAUACUCGGGAUUUUCAACAACAUCGGCUUUUUUAUCUUCUAUACCGAUUUAUUAA